AUGGAGAGGAGAGAACUCAGGGUUUCUGUUCCCAAGUUUGACAACAUUCCCUGGCUUUGUGAGGCCAGCCUCAGAAACAAGCCCCUAGUGCCCAGCCUCCCCAAAAGAUACCCUCAAACCUCUGCCACUGCCAAGAAGGAUAUGAAUUUGCCCAACUUGUUUCCAGUUCCAGAUGACUUAUCUAAGGCCUGGAGGCACCAGAGUGACCCCGUGCUGGGCAGGAGCCGGCCGCUGUGCCCCACCUGCCGCGAAAUGAAAAUGGUACAGCCAAGAACUAUGAUGAUCCCCGAUGAUCUGAAACGCUCCUUUGAGCAUCUUACGAGUCAUAGAAUGAAGAGUCUUCAGCCACCAAAGGCUCAGACUGUACCCGAGUGUUCCCGUGACGACCUUUUAACAGAGUCGACGCAGCGCUGUCCGUCCUUGCGUGGCGAACGGGAGAGCGCGCCCUCCAGACUGCCCAUCCUGGGCCCCAGGACGGCCGCCUUCUACCGGCUGCUGUCGGACGCCUGGCACACCCUGCAGGAGGCACAGGGCCCUUCCUCGCCCGGCCGGCAGCCAACAGGCAGGACAGCCAGGCAGCGAGUGAUCAAAGCAUUUGUCCCAGACUCUCAGAGGGCAAACAACCUUGACAAGCCGGACUCCGACACUGGCUCCUUCUCGUAA